GACACAUUAAUACAUCAAAUGUUGUAAUAUUUCUAUUUUAAUAUAUAAUGGAUAUAUAUAUAUAUAUAUAUAUAUAUAUAUAUAUAUUAUAAACUAUUAGAAAUAUUCCUUUGUUUAAGAUAUAUAAUAUUAAAAAGGAAAAAAAUGUUUAUUUUCUGAUAUUUUUGUUUGUCAACGUUUAUUGUCUAAUAUAUAUAUUUGUAUUUCUACGAUAAGUGCUUUUCUUGUCUUCUUUUCUUCUAGGAUUUAAGCUAAUGAUAUUAAUUUUUGUAAAAAUAAUAAUAAUUAAAGCAUGGAAUUUAUGGUUAAAUACAAAAUAAAAUAAAUCAAGUAAGGAAAAUCAUUAUCAUGAUAAAAUGGUUUGUUCCUAAUUAUAUAUAUUGAGAUAAUGAUGACGAUAUGUGAUUUAUAAUUACAUAUGUAUGUGAAUAUAGUUGAUAAAAUUAUUAUUAGUAAUAAAUUGGUAAAAUAAACUGAGUAAAAUGUGAAUCCUAAUUUAACAUAUGAUAGUAGUUUAUAAACCAUGUUUGGCUUAACAUUUUAUGUCUUGAGGUUACAUUUAUGUAAUUGGUCUAAAUCCCAAACAUAGUAUAUUUAAGUUAUGACAACCAACUCAUUACGAAGUUAUUGGUAAAAAACUAACGAUAAUCUCUGUUAGGAAUGUCAUAACUAACUAGAACCAAAAACACAACUAUAUUUUUAGAAGUUCAACAAAUUUAAAGAACAUACAUAUACAAGCAUGUUUUCAAAUUUGUAGAAGGCAACAUAUCUGGAGAAGAAAAAUAAACAAAUCAACUAAGACAAUGAAGCUUCAGUUGUUAUGGCUUGCUUUGGUAUUCAUUGCCGUUGAAACUAAUGCAGCGAAGCAAGGAAAGAAUGCAACAAUCCCUGCACUAAUAGUUUUUGGAGAUUCAAUUAUGGAUACUGGUAAUAACAAUAGACUCCCAACUCUUUUGAAGUGCAAUUUUCCUCCCUAUGGCAAGGAUUUUCCCGGCGGUUUGGCCACAGGAAGAUUUUCUGAUGGAAGAGUUCCCUCUGAUCUCAUUGCUGAAAAGUUGGGAAUAGCCAAGUCACUACCAGCAUUUAUGAACCCGAAUUUGAAGCCCCAAGAUCUUCUCAAGGGUGUAACAUUUGCAUCUGGAGGAACUGGUUACGAUCCAUUAACGGCUAAGAUUAUGUCCGUGAUAUCAGUCUGGGAUCAACUAACAUAUUUCAAGCGAUACAUAUCAACGAUCAAACAACAUUUUGGAGAAAAAGCUCAAGAUAUCUUGGACCAUAGUUUUUUUGUUGUGUGUUCCAGUAGCAACGACCUUGCUCACACUUUCAUGGCUCAAUCUCAUAAAUAUGACCGCACCUCAUAUCCCAAUUUCUUGGCUGACUCAGCAGUCAAAUUCGUAAGAGAAUUACAUAAGCUUGGAGCUAAGAAAAUCGGAGUGUUUAGCGCAGUGCCGGUUGGAUGUGUACCACUUCAAAGAACAGUGUUUGGAGGAAUGUUUACAAGAGGAUGUGUUAAACCGUUAAACGACAUGGCAAAACAAUUCAACGCAAGGCUUUCACCAGCUCUAGAAUCUUUAGAUAAAGAGCUGGACGGUGUAAUCCUCUACAUUGAUGUUUAUGAUACUCUUUACGACAUGAUCCAACAUCCUUCAAAAUACGGUUUUGAGGUAGCUGAUAGAGGAUGUUGCGGUAGGGGCUCUCUCGCGAUAUCCUACAUGUGCAACUCAUUGAAUCCAUUCACAUGUUCUAAUUCCUCGGCCUAUAUAUUUUGGGAUAGCUACCACCCAACGGAGAGAGCAUAUCAAGUUAUUGUUGACAACUUGCUUGACAAAUAUUUAAGCAAAAUCUAUUGAUGUUUAAUCAUCUAACUAAAACUUAUUGAUCUCUUGGUGCGAUUGUGUUUCCCCAUCUCAUUUUUGUCUCUCUGGUGUAUUCAUUCUUCAAUUUUAUGAAUGUCAUAUAAAGUGCACUACAACAAACUAAUACAACGGAAAAUCAGUUUAUUGCAUUCUCUUUUAUUUUUAUUCCCAAACAUGGCAUAUAAAAUAAUUAUAUUGGGGCUGGACAAAAUAUCCGGACUCGAAUAAUCGGCCCAAAACCGACCCAAAAAUCAGGGUAUCGAACCCGAUCAGACCUGGGGUAAAUAACCGAAAGGGUCCUAAAUUGCUAUAUCCGAAGAACCAGUACCAAACCCGAUCCGAACGGAGAACCGAAUGAGUGUCCGAAGAUAUCCAGAAGUUAAAUGUAUAUCUAAAAUAUUAGUUAUAAUUAUACUUAUAAUUAUUUUAAUAAUUUAAAUUAAAAUCAUAAAUUAAAUAUAUUAGUUACUUUUCAAUACUUUGUGUAUUUUCAGAUAAAAUAAGAUAGUUUUGAUAGAAAUACUCAAACAAAACCAUAUCUAAUGAGUAUUUUUUUUUAAUUAUUUUUGGUACAUUUGGAUAGUUUGAAUACAAAAUAUACUAACUGAAUCGGGUAAUAUGGUUACUUUAGAUAAAAAAUAUCCGAACCUGUUUCAUAUACUUUGGUUAUUGGUUAUUUUCAGGUUUCUACACAUCGGAAUCAAACCCAUCCGGAUCAAGGAGGACCUGAUUCGAACCCGAUCCGAAAUUUUGUAAUACCUGAUUGGGGCGUGGUUUAAAAACCCAAAAAAAUCCGAUACCAGAAAGAACCAAUCCAUACCCAAUCGGGUACUCUUAUGUCCAAGCCUAGUACUGCACAUUCACUUGAUCUAUAUGUCAUUCUUACUUCUUAGUUUUCUUAGAAUUUUAUAAGUGUCUAUACAACAAUUUAAAUUAUUAAAAUGUCUUUUUCUUAAGAUAAUAUUAAAAAGGAAGAGAACAUUUAUUUUUAAUACAUGUUCUUAUUAGAACUGAUUUUAGUUUCUUCUUUCACUCUAGGAUUCAAAUUAAUGAUAUAAAUUUUUGAAACCAAAACAAUAAUUAAAGCAUGGAAUUUAUGGUUAAAAUCCAAAAUAAAAUAAACAAAGUGAGGAAAUAAUGGCCAUACGGGGAAAGUCCCAGACUUCCAUCAUCUAUGAAAAUCAAUGUGGUUCUCUCUUGGACACUAAGAACAUUUCAAACGAGAAGAAUACCUGUUUAUUUUGGCAUUUGGAAUUUGGCAAAUGGUUUGUUCCUAAUAAUAUAUAUAUAUAUAUAUAUAUAUAUAUAUAUAUAUAUAUAUAUAUAUAUAUAUAUAUUAGUACAAUUAUUUUUAGUUACAAAUUGGUAAAAUACGAAAAGGAAA